GUCACCUUGGAAGAUGCAUCCAAACAGACAUAGAUGGAUACUUUUUUAAAGAGAGAGAGUGUGUGUGUGGAGUGAUGCAGGGCUUUGACUUGAUUGUUUCCAAUGUCUUCCUCUUAAGGGUUAAAACAAUCGAGAGGCGUUCCUAGAGCGGAAGAAGGAAGCGCUUCCCACAGCGGAAGCCCGGCUAGUGGCAGGCGCGGCUGUUCCUAGAGAGGCCCUGGAGGGCUUCGCGAGGGGAGGAGGGAGGGGAGGCCUUCUUCCUGGUUUCCUUGGCGUUGCCGUGGCGACAGAGGGAGUGCCACCCCUCCCCUUGGGCUCCUCUGAGGCCAACCAGUUCUCCCAGUCUUUCCACUUUGAAUGUCAUUUGAAAGAAGAGGUGGAUGUAUCUUCAUCUAGUUUGGAGGCAGCCUAGAAGCACAGAACAAAGAUGGAGGGACAAGAGCCAACUGCCGCCCAGUUAGACAUAUUUUCUUCUGCUGUUGAGGAAGAGAACAACAGAUCAUUCUGGGAGGACCCUUGGAGGAAAGACCAGGAGAGCAGUCUGCUGCAUUCAGACUUUCAGCACCAGCACUUCCGCUAUGUGGAGACUUUGGGACCCCGAGAGGUUUGCAGCCACUUCCACUCUCUUUGCCGCCUGUGGCUGAAGCCAGAUCGACACUCCAAGGCAGAGAUUCUGGACCAGGUGCUCCUGGAGCAGUUCCUGGCCGUCCUUCCUGCGGAGAUGGAGCGCUGGGUGAAGGAAUGUGGGGCAAAGACCAGUUCCCAGGCUGUGGCUUUGGCUGAAGGAUUCCUCCAGAGUCGGGAAGAGGAGAGGAAGAGGGAGAAACCCCAGGUGCAGGACUCUUUUGCAGAUGAGACCAGUCAGGUGGAGGAGUCUCCUUCAGACACAAUGUGCAUUGCCUACAUUGGAAAUGGAGAAUAUAUCAUACUAGGCAAUGAAACAUGGGGAAUUGAUAGUAGCACGACUUUCCAUGAUUCUCUUCUAAGAAGAGAUUCUGCGGGACCAGAUCAGGUGACUUUUGAAGAUGUGUCUGUGGAUUUCUCAGAGGAGGAGUGGGCCCUCUUGGAUCCAAGCCAAAAAGCCUUGCACCAGGAUGUCAUGGAGGAGAAUUUGGGUAUUGUGUCAUCUCUGGCCAUGUCAAUAGAGGAGACACCAUUUAAAUAUUUGGAAGAUGGAAUGAAUUUCAAUAGGAAGGAAGCGCUCACCUUUUCUCAAGAAACUCACACAAGGGAUAAACCAUUUAAAUGCUUGGAAUGUGGAAAAAGUUUCUCUCAGAAGAUAAGCCUUGUUCAUCACAGGGCAAUUCACAAAGGAGAGAAGCUAUUUAAAUGCUGGCAGUGUGGAAAGAGCUUUAGUCAAAAAAGAAACCUUAUUCGUCAUCAGGCAACUCACACAGGAGUAAAGCCAUUCAAAUGCUUGCAAUGUGAAAAGAGCUUCAGUCAAAAGUAUGUCCUUAUUCGUCAUCGGGCAAUUCACACAGGAGUAAAGCCAUUUCAAUGCUUGCAGUGUGAAAAGAGCUUCAUAGAAAAGAGAAGCCUUAUUGGUCAUCAGGCAACUCACACAGGAGAGAAACCAUUUCAGUGCUUGCAGUGUGAAAAGAGUUUCAGUCUAAAGGGAAACCUUAUUCGUCAUCAGGCAACUCACACGGAAGAGAAGCCAUUUCAGUGCUUGCUGUGUGAAAAGAGCUUCAGUGAAAAGAGAAGCUUUAAUAGUCAUCAGGCAACUCACACAGGAGAAAAGCCAUUUCAGUGCUUGCAGUGUGAAAAGAGUUUCAGUCACAAGUCCGUCCUUAUUCGUCAUCAGGCAACUCACACAGGCGUAAAGCCAUUUCAAUGCUUGCAGUGUGAAAAGAGCUUCAAUCAAAAGGGAAACCUUAUUCGUCAUCAGGCAACUCACACAGGAGAGAGACCAUUUCAAUGCCUGCUGUGUGAAAAGAGCUUCAGUGAAAAGAAAAGCCUUAUUUUUCAUCAGGCAACUCACACAGGAGAGAAGCCAUUUCAGUGCUUGCAGUGUGAAAAGAGCUUCAGUCAGAAGAAAAACCUUAUUUAUCAUCAGGCAACUCACACAGGAGAGAAGCCAUUUCAAUGCUUGCAGUGUGAAAAGAGCUUCAGUCAAAAGGGUAGCCUUAUUAAUCAUCAGGCAACUCACGCAGAGGUAAAGCCAUUUCAGUGCUUCCAGUGUGAAAAGAGCUUCAGUCACAAGCACGUUCUUAUUCGUCAUCAGGCAACUCACACAGGAGAGAAGCCAUUUCAAUGCUUGCAGUGUGAACAGAGCUUCAGUCACAAGCACGUCCUUCUUCGUCAUCAGGCAACUCACACAGGAGAGAAGCCAUUUCAAUGCUUGCAGUGUGAAAAGAGCUUCAGUCUAAAGGGAAGCCUUAUUAGUCAUCAGGCAAUUCACACAGGAGUAAAGCCAUUUGAAUGCUUAGUGUGUGAAAAGAGCUUCAGUCACAAGCACGUUCUUAUUAGACAUCUGGCAACUCACACAGGAAUAAUGCCCAUUUAAAUGCUCAGUUGUGUGGAAAGAGCUUCAGUCACAAGCACAUUAGUCAUCAUCAGGCAAAUCACAUAGGAGAAAAACCAUUUAAAUGUUUGGAAUGUUGAAAAGGUUCUCUCAAAAGUUAGACCUUGUUCAUCAUCAGGCAAUUCACAUAGGAUAUAACACGAACACCUGCUUUGUCCAGUUUUGAUGGAUUUGUUUCAAUUGGUGCAGCUUGAGGAUGUGGACAAGGUGCUUGGAGAGAUGAGGGCGACCACAUGCAUCCUAGACCCCUGCCCAUCCUGACUGGUGAAGGAAGCCAGAGCGGGUUUGGUGGAGUGGGUGAAGGUUGUGGUGAAUGCUUCCCUUUGGGAAGGCAAAUUUCCAGCAAGCCUUAAAAUGGCUGUGAUCAAACUGGUGUUGAAAAAGCCAUCACUGGACCCCACUCAAUUCGGAAACUUUCAGCCCAUUUCCAAUCUCCCCUAUUUGGGCAAGGUCGUGGAACGUGUGGUGGCUGCGCAACUCCAGGCAUUCUUGGUUGACACUAAUUAUCUAGAUCUGGUGCAGUCUGGCUUUAGACCAGAACAUGGAACUGAAACUGCCUUGCUCGCUUUAGUAGAUGAUCUACGCUGGGAACUGGACAGGGUGUGUGUGUUCAUGUUGGUUCUGCUGGACCUCUCAGCGGUCUUUGAUACUGUUGAUCACGGUAUCCUUCUGGAACGCCUCACAGGUAUGGAGCUUGGAGGUACUGUUUUGCAGUGGCUCCGGUCCUUCCUGGAGGGCUGUUCCCAGAAGGUGUUGUUGGGGGACACCUGCUCGGCCCUACAACCAUUGUCUUGUGGGGUCCUGCAGGAGUCAGUACUGUCCCCCAUGCUGUUUAACAUCUACAUGAAGCCGUUGGGAAAGAUCAUCUGGAGUUUUGGAGUACGGUGUCACCUGGACAUGCAGAUGAUGUCCAGCUCUGUCACUCCUUCCCACCUGUCACUAAGGGGGCUGUUCAGAUCCUGAACUGGUGCUUGGCAGCUGUGUCACACUGGAUAAGGGCCAACAAAUUGAAAUUGAAUCCAGACAAGACAGAGAUCCUCGUGGUCAGUCGGAAGGCCGAACAGGGCAUAGAGUUACAGCCUGUGUUAGGUGGGGGUCACACUCCCCCUGACGACGCAGGUUCGCAGCUUGGGGGUUCUGGACUCAUCGCUGCACCUGGAACCCCAGGUCUUGGCAGUGGCCAGGGGAGCUUUGGCACAAUUAAAACUUGUGCACCAGUUGCGCUCAUACCUUGGGAAGUCUGACUUGGCCAUAAUGGUCCAUGCUUUGGUUGCAUCCCGAAUAGAUUACUGCAACGUGCUCUACAUGGGGUUCCCUUUGAAGACUGUUCGGAAGCUUCAAUUGGUCCAACGGGCGGCAGCCAGGUUGGUCACCCGAGCAUCAUACAGGGAGCACACAACUUCCCUAUUACGCCAGUUUCACUGGCCGCCAGUCUGCUACCGAGCAUAAUUCAAAGUGCUGGCUUUAGCCUAUAAAGCCCUAAAUGGUUCUUGCCCAGCUUACCUGUCCAAACAUAUCUCCCCUUAUGAACCACCUUGUAGAUUGAGAUCAUUUGGGGAGGCCCUGCUCUCGGUCCCACCUGCUUUGCAAGCUCAGCUGGUGGAGACGAGAGACGGCCUUUUCGGUGGUGGCCUCCCCAGCGAUAUAAGAUCCGCCCCCUCCCUUUUGGCCUUCAGAAGGAAAGUGAAGACCUGGCUCCGGGAUCAAGCUUUUGGAUAACUGCAGUGCAGUAAUGGAUGUCUGAUAUGUAAAAUGACCUCAGAACGGUUUUAUAAUAAUAAUAAUAAUAAACAACUUUAUUUUUAUAUCCCGCCCCAUCUCCCCGAAGGGACUCGGGGCGGCUCACAAACAGGGACAAGCCUGAAACAACAACAACAUAUUUGACAUAAACUUAAAACACUCCAACAAUACACAAAAUAAAAUAAUGGACAGAUACAUUAAAAUCCGAGCAUAUAAAAUCAGAGUAAUUAAAAGCAAACCAGUGGGGACAGGUUUCAUAAAGUGCUGUAUCAUGGAAAUAAGUAGCAGUGAUAAAGUGCCAUAUGCUUUUAAAACAGAAAGAAGUAUUCUUAUAACAGCUCUAUUGGGCCUUUCAUUUAAACGCGCUCUGGAACAAUCCAGACGGAAAAUGGGCAGAGAAGGAGACUCCCUGAUCUCCUUAGGGAGAGAGUUCCAGUGCCGGGGGGCCACUGCCGAGAAGGCCCUCUCCCUCGUCCCCACCAGCUGCAUUUGAGACAAAGGCUGGAGCGAGAGGAGCGCCUCCCCGGAUGAUCUUAGGGUUCGUGUUGGUUCAUGGAGAGGAGGUGAUCACGGAGAUAGGCAGGUCCUGAACCGUUUAAGGCUUUAUAGGUAAUAACCUGCACCUUGAAUUGGGCCCGGAAACUUAUUGGUAGCUAGUGGAGCUGUUUAAACAAAGGAGUUGACCGUUCUCUGUAGCUAGCUCCUGUUAAUCUGACUGCUGAUCUCUGAACCAACUGAAGUUUCCGAACCGUCUUCAGGGGCAGCCCCACGUAGAGUUCAUUGCAGUAAUCCAACCUGGAGGUGACUAAGGCAUGGACCACCAUGGCCAAGUCAGACUUCACGAGGUACGGUCGCAGCUGGCGCACAAGCUUUAAUUGUGCAAAGGCCCUCCCGGCCACCGCCGACACCUGAGCGUCAAGUGUCAGCGAAGAGUCCAGGAGGACCCCCAGACUGCGGACCUGCGUCUUAAGGGGGAGUGCGACCCCGGCGAGCACAGGUUGCCACCCUAUGCCCCGAUCGGCCGCACGACUGACCUGGAGGACCUCUGUCUUGUCGGGAUUAAGUUUCAGCUUAUUCACCCUCAUCCAGUCCAUCACAGCGGCCAGGCACCGGUCAAGGAUCUGAGGGGCUUCCUUGGAGUUUGGUGGAAAGGAGUAGUAGAGUUGAGUGUCAUCUGCAUAGAGAUGGCACCCAACUCCAAAACUCCGGAUGACCUCACCCAGCGGUUUCAUGUAGAUGUUAAAAAGCAUGGGAGACAGAAUAGAACCUUGUGGGACCCCACAGGUCAAAAGCCAGGGGUCCGAGCAGGAGUCUCCCAGCUUCACCAACUGGGAACGGCCCUCCAGGAAGGAGCGGAGCCAUUGCAAAGCAACACCCCCAAUACCCAUUCCGGAGAGCCGUCCCAGAAGGAUACAUGGUCGAUGGUAUCGAAAGCCGCUGAGAUGUCCAAGAGAACCAACAGGGUCACACUCCCCCAUCAAGUUCUCUGCGGAGGUCAUCCACCAAGGCGACCAAAGCCGUCUCCAUACCAUGACCGGGUCUGAACCCAGUUGGUUUUAGACCACGAUUUUCUGGAUGGCACGAUUUUCAACUGUAUAUUUAUUUUUUUGUGUUUUAAAUAUUUAAAUAUUUAAUAUUUCAAGCUUUAAUUUUAUAUGUGUGUUGGGGCAUCGGAAUUGGGCCAUGUGUAAGAGCCUCCUUGAGUCCCCUUCAGGGUGAGAAAGGCAGGGUAUAAAUAGGGCAAAUAAAAUAAAUUUUCAGAGUAACAAGUGCAUUUAAUUGAGAAGUUUGAUGAGAAGUGUGGGAAUGGGUUUGGUUGAAUGACUCACAGCCCUGUGUACCGUGUAAUUCCAGGUAUGUGGGACUGGGUUUUCUUUUAUGAAAUAUCUAAUAAAGCAUAACUGAUAAAUUGUUUUCUAUCCA